ACUACACAAUAAUAUUUUUAAUUUUUUUUUGCAACGACUGGAAAACGAAGCGUUUAGAUUUAGAAGAACAGAAGAUGCAGCUUCGUCGAUCUUGCUUCUUCUAUCGUCUUCCUUUCCCAUCGCGUUAGGGUUUGCAGAUAUUCAAUUUUCCUUCAUUUUGCUAUCUUCGACACGCAUAGCAUCUCCCAAUUCCUCGGAAGUCGUUUGUUCCUAACUCGUCUAAUCGAAAAUUAUCAGUCCACAAGGGAACACAAUCUUUGGGGCAUUUGAGUUUGAAUUUGAAUAGGAUGAACAUCUAAUAAAGGGGAAAAUGGAGGCCGAGGCGCAAAUCUCGCAUGAUUUGAAUACUCAACUUCAGCCUGAGGCUGUUUUUUCAGUUCAAAAUGGGGAUCUUGGUGUUUCCUCAUCUGUUGCAAAUGCCGUUAUACCACAGCAGCCAGCUCCAAAAAAACCGACGAGGCAGUGGGCUGCGUGGACUCGUCAAGAGGAGGAAAGCUUCUUCACUGCAUUACGACAAGUUGGGAAGAAUUUUGAGAAAAUCACUUGUCGUGUCCAGAGUAAAAACAAAGAUCAGGUCAGGCAUUAUUACUACCGGCUUGUGAGACGGAUGAACAAACUUCUUGGUCCAGGAUUAUGUUUGGACGCGAAAAACUCUAAAGAUACUAAUGCUGCAAUGCUUCGCUGGUGGUCUUUAUUAGAAAAGUAUAGCUGCAAAGCCUCAAAGCUUCAUCUGAAGCCCCGAAGAUUUAAAAUAUUUUUAGAAGCAUUGGAACACCAACUUAUGAAGGACCGGAAAAAGAAUGUAAGGAAGCGACCCUUACAAGGAGGAAAUUGUCUUCCUGCUGCUCCUACCACAGUCUCGAAUCAAAGUAGAGCAUCAGGAAAUGAUGCCCGUGCAGUUAAACUGGUUCUUGUUGACAGUCAAAAUAUGUUAAAAUUAGGACCUUCAAAACCAUCAAUGAAGCGCAAUGUAAACAUGGGUGUUAGCCGUAGUAAUGCUAAGGGAGAUUCAAGUACCAUGAAACCAACAAGGCAAAGAAAGAAAUCUGGUAUGGUUUCAGCAGCUGCAUAUAGAAAAUGGGAGAAGGCUGCAAUUGCUGGUGUUUCUUUAGUUGCAGAUGCUGCUGAGCAUUUGGAGCGUGCUGCAACUGUUCAAGAGAUUGAACAUGACCAGGAGAAUCCAGUCAUUCCAGGAGAAAAGUGUUCUGAUCCUGUUGAUUAUGUCCUGCCCCCUUUACCUACAUAUCCACAGAAUCACUUUGUUGAUAACAAUUUGAAUAAUUGUAUGAAACUUAAGCUCCAGUUAUUCCCAAUUGAUGAACCUACUCGAAGAGCCUUGGAAAUGGAUAAGCAUAAUCCAUACCUGGAGCUUACACUAAGUACACGAAAGAAGAUAUCAUCAGUAGUAGAACAUCUAAACCGUAAAUGGGGUAAUUCAAGCAUAGCAGUUGGAGAAUUGAUGCUUUUUCCUUAUGGUAUUCAAAGGGAAAACUUGGUUAAUUAUCAGAGAUGGAGACAGGAAUCUACACUUAGUGCUGCAGAUAUAUAUGCUAUGAUUGGAAGUCCACCCACCUUCCGUUUAAGGUAUGGUUGGUUCUCCAAUACUGAGCCUGGGUUAGUCAAUAUGCAAGUGCCUGUAGCAUCCAGCUGCAUGCUCACACAAUCCAAAAUUAGUGUAGACAAUACUACAGAUCAGAUUGUGAACUCGGCAUCACUUCCUACACCGUCAACUAGUAAUCAUACCAUGGAGCUCUCCGAAAAUUGCAGAACAUCUGUGAACAGAAACAGUACUCUUACAACUACUUCAACUGAUAUGCCUAAUACUAGAGAUGGUGUUGUUUAUCUGAACACAAACACUGAGGAAUCUUGUAAUCCUACUGCCAAUACAUCGUGGCAUGGAAAAGAUGUUAGAGAUGGAGAUGGAGCUGUGACCACACAGUUGGAAGACAUGGAUCGGUUGAAAUUAGGCAGUGGAACUGGAAUGUCAGCUGGGGAGUGGGCUGACAGCCUUACCAAUAUUAGUGUGGGGGAUCUACUUUCAGGAGUGUCCCAGGAUCUCGAAGAUAACUGCAUUGAUCCUCCUAUUGCUGAGAAUUGUCAUGGUGUUCAGCAAAUUCCUUUUAGUAGUGAUUCUUUUGAUGCUGCUAUUGCUGCUCACAUAUCUAGACAUCAAGACAAGAUGGAACAACCAUGUCUGGCAUCCCAUGUGUCUUCCAUCUGGGAUGCUGAAGAAACGUGUGAUGCUUUCUUAUUUAAGAAAGAUCCCAUACUUCGUACAGAUGGUCCUUCUCCUAUUGCCUUAGAAUCUGAGAUAAAGGUUCCUGAAAGAAGCUUUGGGAAAUUGGAUAAGCUGUCACCUGAGAAAGAGAGGCUUGUAGAUGAUUUUGGUCAAGCAGACCCUAUGCCUGUAGACAGUUGCGAGUCAGAUGCAGAUAUCCAGGAUCAUUUAGCAAAGGAUUAUAGUGCGCUAACAGAUAUGUAUUGGCCUGAUUCGUUGGGACCGUUGGAUUUGGACAUACCAUCAACUAAGUACCACAGCGAAGAUCUAAUUUUUAGUGAUAGUCUUAGUGGACUGAAUCGCUUGAUAGCCAGCAGCCUGGAUGCAUUCCAGAAUUGCUCCUUUUUUGGGUUUGACAAGAAGGAAACACCAACAGUCGAGGCUCGAGAAACUGCCACACUUUCAGAUUUUAAAAUUGGAAGUGGUAUCUGAGAUUCAUCAUCAUGAUCAAAUCAUGGUAAUGUUUUCCAUUUCUGGCAUGAACUUAGUUGAAGUUUGUUAAGAACAUUUUUCCUUAAACUGACUGGAGGUGUGUGUGUGCGUGCGUGCUGAAGAGUUGGUUUGAGUCACAUCAACUCUUCCUGUAUAUGUUUCUCUAAUCCGCGUCUCUUCCUUUGUACAAAAAAAUUAUCAUGGGAGGAUUUCAAUGUAUCAAUCUUGUUGGGUGCUGCCUGCUUCUGUAGAAAUACCCCCUUUAUAAGUACACAUGUAUCUUCUUUUAUUAAUGGCUUCUAAACAUUGUAUUUUAACAAGACUGGCAUAGACUUUUAUUUUUUUUAAUCUAGUGGACUUUUUUUAAUGCAAGCUAAUGGACAAAAACGUUCAGUUAUUUUAUUGUCCGAUUUAUCUCAUUUUGUUAAAGUGAUAACUUGUGGGAGAUAACUUGGAUCAAGUG